UUAAGCACUGCAGUGCGUGCAGGUUAAACAAACUGCCUUUGACGGCAGUCCAUGGAUCUCACUGAGGAACAAUGAAAAAGAGGAUAGAGUAAAACAAAGGAAUUAGCAUGAUUCAUUACCCGUUACUAACUUUAGGUCCUUAUAGUCAUGCCUCCACCCACGACUGAUUGACAGCUGACAUUCUGUCUCUGAAUAAAAGCUGUUGAAAUAAAAGAUUAUGGUUCAUUUUCUAACAGUACCCCACUGGAGACUCUAUUACAGAAGCUCUUCAGCCAGAGGAAUAUUAAUUUAGUAAAUUAAAUCCCGGUUCAGGAUGAGGCACAUUAGGUUACAUUAUACUGGAGCUGCAUUCUUCUUCCUGCUGUUUUCUGCAACAGGUGCUGAGCCCUACAAUCUUUUAAAAAUUCUCGAGGGACUCCAGGCAGCACCACAAACCUAUCCUUCACCCCUGUACUCAUUCUCCCUCUGCAUGGAGAUCAACAACCGCGUCUUCAGCGACUCUCUCCUCAACAAAACCUCACAGCAAUACAAGACCAUGUAUGCUGCAGUUGCUAGAGCUCUGGAUAUCGCUUUUAACUGCUCUGACUGUGACACAAGAGAAACCUACAGAGGAGUGACAAACAUACAGUUCAGUAAUGGGUCUGUGAUCGCAAAUUGUACCAUCCAGUUCCAAACCAUUUUUAUCAACCAUGUUGUGAUCAAACAUUUGUUCCUGAGGGCCAUAGAUAAUAACACUCAACUGAACGGUCUUGCAGUUAACAGACAGUACACUGCUGAAACAGUCACACCUAAAUGGCUUUUUCCAAAAUCCACAACUCCGAUGGCUACAGCAAUGCCUUUUGCAGAAAGUGGUUAUAGGGGGCUUCCUGGUUGGGCCAUUGCAUUGCUAGUGCUAGCAUGCAUCAUCAUACUGCUUCUCUUCAUCAUCUUAAUACUGAUAUGCUGCUGGUGCUGUAGGAGAAAAGAAAAAAAGGAAGAGACCCAAACUGUAGCACCUUACGAGAGAACGUCUUUCAAAGAGCGUCUUGCCAGUCCCACAUACAUGCCACACACACCUGACCCGAACCCAAUCUACCCAAGCUUUGGACAACCGGAAGCACAACAUGUCAACCGAUCCGGGAUCUACAUGCUGAAUCCUCAGAGAUGAAAACCACAACCCCACCAUAGGAGAGAAGCAUGCAGUAACUGAUGUUAUUAAGAGUCAGGAUGGUAAAGCGGUUUCUUCAGCACGUUUCUAAAAAUGGUCAUCAUUACCAUGUGUAAUAGAAGUAUUAUACUCAGCUGGAUGGAAAAUAAUUUAUUUCUGUUCUAUUUAUGAAGCACAUAUAUGGGAUUCGGGUCUGUGAACUUUUGCAUCUCUUACUCUAUUUCAGUGUAACAUAGGUAAGACCGGGGCUAGUUGUCACAGUUAAUACGCCACUAAAUAUUUACCAGGUUAGGUUUAUUCUUCAGAAAGCUAUUGAACAUUUGCACUGUUUCAAAAAAGAUUUGGUUUAAAGUGUGUUUUAUGAUAUUCAGUGGCGUGUCUGUGAAAUUUAAAACGGUAAAAUAAUUCUAAAACAGAAUAAUUUAUAUAAAAAAAAGAUCAAACAAUGAAUACAUAUCAAAUAUCAAAACUUUUUUUUUUUAAUAAAUUGUAUCAACUAAAUUACAUGUAAAAUGAGACAGCGCUUCCCUGUGUAACAUCUUGCCACAUGCAGUCUCUUUUACAGUGUAUCUUAGGCUACACAAGUUGAUCUCUUAAAUGAAAAGAUUUUAUUUUUGAUACUGUAUUUGGGGGAUUACAAGUUUAUCAAUUCAUAAAUGUCUUUUGAUUUGUAAUUUGCAUUCAUGUUAUUUGAAUGUCAUAUAUACUUAUUUACACUUUCUUUGGGAAGAACAGUUGUAUUCAAUGCACAAUACUUCAGCAAAACAAUAUAUUACCAGAUGCAUUAUAA